UCAGAAAGCCAUUCAUCCGUUGCCAUGGAACUGAAGUGAUGAAAAGGAUAAGAAACCAAACCGAGAGAGCCUACACAAAAAUGAGCUACUCAUUCAGCCUCCAUGUUCCCAAAGCUCUUCCUCCUCUUCCCACUUCAGCACGCGGGGCUUCUUCUCUCUUCAUUGCUUCCGAACACAAAUCAAACCACAACAACACUAACCCUUGCCGAUCAUUACAUAGAAUAACUUGCAGCAGCCAGAAGCCCAAUGAUUAUGACAGUCUAAAGAAACCAAGUUUGGCACUGCAUAUAGGAGCUCUCUUGGCCUUGGCGGAGCAACCAGUAUUAGCAGUCACUGGAGAGAAUAACCAGCCAGAACUCACAUGGGUUUUGACACAAUGGGGGAUUGUUCUCUUUAUCUAUUUCAUUGUCGUGCCACCAAUAAUUAUGUACUGGCUUUGGAAAAGAUGGUACAGAAGAAAGUUGCUGGAGAUGUAUCUCCAAUUCAUGUGUGUCUUCAUUUUCUUCCCAGGGGUUCUCCUUUGGGCACCGUUUUUAAACUACAGGAAAUUCCCACGGGACCCAUCUUUGAAGUACCCUUGGUCUACGCCUGAAGAUCCUUCAAAAAUUAGAAAUGCGUACUCAAAGUACCCAUUUGCCGAACCUGAAGAUUAUGAUUAUCCAUGAAAUUGAGGCCAAAGCACAAAAAAAUCAGAUGUUCGAUCGUACAGUUCUUCAAAACUACAUUGUUGUGAGUGUUGGGUUAUGGUUAUACCUAUUCUGUUUUUAUUAAAAAAAGGUUUUAUUGAAUGGGAUUCAGAUGCAAAAUUUGAAGGUAAUCCGUAAGAUUUUCACUUUCAAUGUCAAACGAUAUCCAACGGAAUCCAAAAGGAAAAAGAAUGGCUUCUUUUUUUUUCACUAAUCUAUUAAGACUGAUAUUGAUGUAAUGUCUAGCAGUUCAAAUUAAGGUGUGAUGUGGGAAUUAAUUGACAUUGACGUAAUAAUUUAACACAAUUUUUCAUGGAAUCAAUAAAGGAUAUACAAUAUUGAUAUCAAUCGUGCAAUGCCAAAUUUCGGAAAAAUUGAACAAAACUCGAGGUCAAAGAAUUAUAAAUAAAUAGUGACU